GCCACAGUCGCCUGGCCCCAUUACCGCAAAAAGUUGCCUCAAAAGCCCCCCAGACGCCGCCCGUGACCCACCGCCUACACCGCACGCGUUCCCUUUGCUUCGUACGCCAUGGCCGACUUCUUCGACACAAUCGCCGACGUGGGCAGCGAGGAGGAAGAGGACGACGACUUUGACGGCGACACGGCCGACGCGGGCUCGCCCCGCGCCAAAAAGUCCAACGGCGCAAAUGGCAUCGACGAUUCCAGCGAGGAGGAAGACGACGACGACGAGGACCGACUGCGACAGGAAGGCGAGGGCUUCAUCGCCGAUGAAGACGAGGAGGAAGAGGACGAGGCGGCAGAGCGCCGGCGCCGGCGCAAGAAGAAGAGAAAGAACCGAGAAGCCGAAGAGGCCCUCGACGACGAAGAUCUGGAUCUGAUUGGCGUUGAAGUCGAGCGCCCGGCGGAAGAACAGUCGAGAUUCAAGCGCCUCAAGCGCGGCCACAAGGAGCGCGUCAAGUCUCGGGGUGUCGACGACAUCUUCUCCGACGACGAAGUCAAUGAAGACUACGACGAGCCGCGGGCCCGAUUGGGCGACGAGUUCGACGACUUCAUCGAGGACGACAAGUUUGAGGACGAAAUCGAAGACGACCGCGACGUCACACAACCAGGCAUCAACCUGAUCACCAAGGGUCUGCAAGCUGCCGGGCUCGACGAGGGCGCCGAGGAAGACUACAGAGCUGCAUUUGGCGAUGGCACAGACUACGACUGGGCGCUGGAAAUGCAGGAGGCAGAAGAGGACGAGCAAGCCGGCGAGGGUCGCGAACUGCAGCUCAAGGACGUCUUCGAACCAUCGCAGCUCCAGGAGCGCAUGUUGACAGACGAAGACAACAUCAUCCGCGAGACCGACAUUCCGGAGCGCCUGCAGCUGGCCCGAAGAUCGUUCAAGGAGAUUGAGCUCACGCCAGAGGACAUGCAGGCCCGUCUGACUGAGGAGGCAACCUGGAUCAGCAACAUGCUGUGGCCCAAGAAGGGUCUCCCAAGAUACUUUUUGCAGCCUUUCGAAAAGGCUGUACGAAAAGUUCUCGAGUUCAUCAACCUCGAGGAUUACGAAGUCCCCUUCAUCUUCAACCACCGAAAAGACUACCUCAUUCAUGCGCCGAGCGACAAUGACUACGACGACAUCAACAACCCGCCGCCCAUGGACGCUCGACCAGAGCGCUUGCUCAACCAAGCCGAUCUGUGGGAGGUCUUCGACUUUGACCUCAAGUUCAGAGCUUUUGCUGAAAAACGCGAUGCUCUCCGACUAAACUAUGAGAAUUUGAAGACCAUCCACCCCGAAAUCACCGACACUGAAAUUGAGGAGUUGUCCUCCAGGGCCAUUACAAUCGAGGAAAUCCAAGAGCUCCAAGACUACCUGCAUUACCGAUACUCGCAAGAAAUUAGCGAAGUCCGACAAGAGGUCAACGGAACACAGAAGCGUGCCAACAAUGCCCGGAGCUUUUUCGACAAGCUGCGAAGUAGCAAGGCGAAUCAACUUGUCAGGGCUGUUGGCAUUACGCCUGAAGACUUUGCGAAGAAGGUCGACGGGACAAGCCGAAGCGCGCAUACCAUUGAAGAUCCACCGUUCAGGGUUGAGGAGCUUGCCGAUCAGCUCGCCGAAGCCCCAGAAACUGGCGCUACUCUUUUGCGGUCCACAAAGCUGCUGUUCGUCCAAGAUCUACUCAUGUGCUCGCGGUUGCGCCGAUACUUGCGUGGUAGCUUCUACCAGAAUGCCGAGAUUGACUGUAUUCGCACCGACAAGGGCAUGCGGAAAAUCACCGAGGACCACCCCUACUAUGAGUUCAAAUAUCUGCGCAGGGUUACAUUCUCAGACCUUCAGGGUCGGCCGGAUCUCUUCCUGAAGAUGCUCAAGGCCGAGUCGGAAGGCCUCGUGCAAGUCAAGAUUUCCAUGGGCAACUACCAAAACUUCAAGACGCGCAUGCAAGAGAAGAUUGUCUCUGAUGGUGUCAGUGAGGUUUCCGACACAUGGAACGCGCUCCGCAGGGAGCUGCUCAGCACGGCACUGGACAAGCUUCAAACCGUCAUUGCAAAUGGUGUCAAGGAGACUCUGCGCGCCCGGUGCGAAGAUGAACUUGCCGCCUCGGCAAGAGAAAACUACUACAACAAGCUUGACCAAGCGCCCUACAAGCUGAAGAGCGCUCCGCUUGGGUCAAUUCCCAACGUCCUCUGCUUGUCCAACGGCAAGGGCCAGCGUGGAGACGCCAUCAUGUGGGCUUACGUCGAGAAUGACGGUCGGGUCCUGGAACAGGGUCGACUAGUCGAUAUGCGCCUGGGUAAUGCUGAACGCGGCAUUCCCGAAGGCCAAGAUAUUGAAAAGUUGGUCGAUGUCAUCCAGCGCCGACGUCCCGAUGUGAUUGGUGUCAGUGGCUUCUCGGUUGAAACCCGCAAGUUGUACAAGGACAUUCAAGAGAUCAUCAGCCAGCGCGGCUUGACCGGUCCUGCAUACGAAGACGAGGACACUGGCGAAGAGAGGAAUGAACCCCUGGAGGUGAUCAUGGUUAAUGACGAGGUUGCUCGUCUAUACCACACCAGUGCCCGUGCAGCGGCAGAGUUCCCCAAGUACCCUGCGCUUACAAGGUACUGCAUUGCUCUAGGAAGAUAUCUGCAAAACCCACUCGCCGAGUACGCCUCUCUCGGUCGCGACAUUGUUUCCAUACCCUUUAUACCGAACCAGACCUUGAUACCCCAAGAGAAGCUUUUGGACCGGCUGGAGACUGCCAUGGUUGAUAUGGUCAACCUCGUUGGUAUCGACUUGCCAGAGACGUACGACGACAAGUACCUGUCGAAACUGAUACCCUACGUAUGCGGUCUAGGACCUCGCAAGGCCGACAGGCUGGUCAAGGCCAUCCAAGCCAACAGCGAUGAGAUCCUUUCGCGUUUCGAUCUUCUCGGUGUGUCCGAGUCCCGCGACCUCAAGGCGGCCAUGGGUCCCAAGGUCUUCCAAAACUGUGCCAGUUUCCUGUACAUCCCCUACGACCCGACUGAAGAGUCAUCCGAUUACCUCGACUACACCCGUGUGCACCCCGAAGACUACGAUCUUGCGCGGAAAAUGGUUGCAGAUGCAUUGAACAUGGACGAGGAGGAUGUCAAAGCAGAGACCGACGAGGGCGGCCCCAGCGCCGUUGUCAGGAAAAUGGUGCGGGAGGAAACCACUGAUUUGGUCAACGAUUUGGCCCUGGAGGAUUACGCAGCGGAGAUUGAGAGGAAUUUCGGACAGCGCAAGCGUGCGACCCUCGAGACGAUUCGCGCCGAACUGGACAAUCCCUACGAAGAAAUCCGACAGAUUUUUGCGCUCUUGUCUGGUGACGAGAUGUUCACUAUGCUGACUGGUGAGACCAAGGAGUCUCUCUACGAAGGCAUGGUUGUUCCCGUUACCAUCAAGCGCACAUUCCUAGACCACAUUGAGGUCAAGCUCGAGUGCGGAAUCGAAGGUGGCGUCUCAGAAUCAGAGUUUCCAGAAGGUGUUGGCAGUGGCGGACAGGAGCCUCGCCACGUCUACUCCAGCCACCAGAUUGUGCGCGCGCGUAUCGUUUAUCUCAACCGGAAAGCUCUUACUGCACAGUUGUCUCUCCGAGACGAUCUCAUCCGGCAACCGCAGAAGAAGCCUUACGACCGUGCAGCUGGUGAGUGGGACGAAGCACAGGAAGCGCUGGACAAGAAGGCUGCCGAGAAAGAAAAGGAAGUUGCAACCGGUCGACCCAACCGUGUCGUCAACCAUCCUCUCUUCUUCUCUUUCAACACGAUUCAAGCAGAAGAGUAUCUUGGUGGUAAGGAGACUGGUGAUUUGGUCAUUCGUCCCUCUUCCAAGGGUUUUGACCAUUUGGUCGUAACAUGGAAGGUUUCCAACAACGCCUACCAACAUCUCGACGUGCUUGAGAUGAACAAGCCUAACCAGUUCUCACUGGGCAAGCAGCUCAAGAUUGGAAAGCACACAUACUCGGAUCUGGAUGAAUUGAUUGUCAACCAUGUCGAGGCCAUGGCACGCAAGGUUAUGGAGCUCACCCGAGACGAACGAUUCCAACCCGGUACUCGGGAAGAUACUGAAAAAUGGCUACAAAACUACUGCGAGGCCAACCCCUCGCGCUCCAGGUACGCCUUCUGCAGCAUGCCAAAGUACCCCGGUUACUUCUGGAUCUGCUUCCAGAUGAGCGCCAAGGGACCAAAGGGCGCAUGGCCCAUCAAAGUCAUACCCAAUGCGUUUGAACUGCAGAAACAUGUUUACCCCGAUAUGGUUGCGUUGAAGAACGGAUUCAAGAUGUUGGUUAGUGCGGCGGCUAGCAAGGGAUCCGUUAGGCGGUAGAAGAUGUUCGGUCCACAGGUGAAACAGUGUGUUUAUGUGCGGGAGGGGGCUUAUCAAGAAUAAUCUGUAUACCUAGUUUCUCGUUUUGGUUUCCCGCUUUUUCCUUUUUUUCUGUUUCUACCCGACCUCCCCACACAGCACCUUUCUCCCGUGCUGCGAAAAGUUCAUCCUGGGGGACUAAAGAAUCUUUAUAUUUUGACUGGUUUCAUUGGCGACACGCACACCUAAAAGAGAUACUAACACAUCAC